UAGUCUGUGGCGCGUCAUCGAUAUUGCCACUUGUUCCAUCUAUGGUUAUGCAGCCCUAGUCUCCAGCUGUUCUUUCUAAACAAUUUUUCAAACAAAUUCGACUAGAAAACAAAUGUUUUAGGAAAAUAUAGGAUCGCAUUAUUUCAAUGGCACAAUCUCGAAUAGCAGUGAAUGACGACUAUGAACACCCAGAUAAUCUAGAAUAUAUUUUAGAAUCUGUUCUGAUGCCCAGCGAGGACAGCUUAGAUUUCAUUCAGUUAAAGAACGAGUACAACUCUGUGAUUUUACAGCAAUGUCAAUGCGAAGGCAGUUGCUCAAGCAACGAAAGAUGCUCACACGGAGGUGCUUAUAGGUACUGUCCUGAUGGAAAAGAAUUAGUUCAAAGGCAAACUAAGGAAAAAGGCAGCAUCCCUAUUAUGGAGUGCAAUGCUUUCUGUGACUGUCGUCCAGACUUUUGCACUAAUCGACUUGUGCAGCAUGGUCCACGAGCCAAUUUGGAAGUAUUUAAUUCGACUACGUACAAAUCCAAGGGGGUGCGCACGAAAGUAAACAUUCCUUGUGGUGCCUUCAUCUGCGAAUAUGCUGGUGAAAUUCUAACUAUUUCUGAAGCCAAACGACGUCUAGCUAUCAAUGAGAAACUGGGAUUAAUGAAUUAUGUCUUAGUACUUAACGAAUACACUGAGACCGAUGACUGCCGUGAGGAGAAGCGACAAGUCACCAUCGUAGAUCCUUCUCAACGUGGAAAUAUUGGACGCUACAUUAACCACAGCUGUGAGCCCAAUUGUCAGAUAGCGGCGGUGCGAAUAGACUGUCCCAUACCAAAAAUAUGUAUUUUCGCAGCACGCAACAUUCUUGCCCAGGAAGAACUGAGUUUUCAUUACGGCGGAGAAGAUCAUCACGUAGAAGAUCAAGCAAGUGAUAGCAAGCCUUGUCUCUGCGCCGCUGAUAGUUGUGCUGGUGUUAUGCCAUAUACUGCAAUAAUAUAGAUCAGACAAAAACUCAGCUUUUUAAGUAUGU